UUCUGAAUUAAAAACAGUUUUAAUUCAAGCGAGCAGCGCUACUCAUGACAACAAGCUACUCUUCAUGACUCUCCACUCGUCCACCACACAGAAGUGACAGCAUUAGUAGUUCUCGUUCGUUGACGGUCUGACAUGGAAGAAGAUCUUGUCCAGAACAUGGAGGCUGAGGACGAGGAUGAGUUUGAGUGGGACGCAGGAGGCGAGGAGGACGAGGAGGACGAAGGCUUCUGGCUGCAGGAGGAGGAGGAGGAGUGUGUGUCCAGAGUGAGUCCAGCGGAGCGCAGCGGACACAUCGCGGUCACCGACGGCUCCUGCAUGUUCGUCUGGGGAGGAUAUAAGAAUGCAGAUGCUGAAGCGACUGAAUUCACUGACUUGUACUUGCCGAAGAAUGAAAUCUGGAUCUACAACAUGGAGACAGGAAGAUGGCGUGUGCAGCGGUCCGAGGGUGAGGUGCCGGACUCCAUGUCGGGCGGCUGCGGCUCCAGUGUGGACGGAGUUCUGUACGUGUUCGGCGGACACCAGGCCAGAGGAAACACCAACACAGUUUACCGUCUGCGCCUGCGCACGCCUGCGCUCCGCUGGGAGAAGAUGAGUCUGACGGGUCUGGCCCCGACCUGCAAAGACAAGCUGGGCUGUUGGGUCCACAGAAACAGCAGGCUGGUGUAUUUCGGAGGCUACGGCUACACCGCACAGCCCGGUCACAGAGGAACGUUUGAGCUCGAUGAGAACUCGCUGAUGGGGAACCAAACAGGACGAGGCUGGAACAAUCACAUACACAUCCUGGAUCUGGAGACGUCCUCGUGGAGUCAGCCAAUCACGAAGGGGAACACUCCGACGCCACGGGCCGCUCACGCCUGCGCAACCAUUGGCAACAGAGGCUUCGUCUUCGGAGGCCGUUACAUGGAUCAGCGUCUGAACGAUCUGCACUGCCUGGAUCUGGACUCGUGGGAAUGGAGUGAGAUGUGUGUUCCUCAACACGGCCCCGUCGGCCGGUCCUGGCACUCGCUCACCCCAGUGUCAGCUGACCACCUGUUCCUGUUCGGCGGAUUCACCACCGACCGAGAGACACUGAGCGAUGGCUGGCUGUACUGCGUGAGCAGGAACGAGUGGAGGCCGUUUGAUCACGAACACACACAGCGGCCCAGACUGUGGCACACGGCGUGUUUAGGCGCUGACGGGGAAGUGUUUGUGUUUGGAGGAUGUGCAAAUAAUCUGCUGUCUCAUCAACAAGCGGCUCACAGCAACGAAUUACUGGUUUUCACGGUUCAGCCCAAAUCUCUGGUCAGGCUGUGUUCAGACGUGGCCGUCCGGCACCAGAAGCAUCUUCAGCACUCGUGGGACGUUCUGCCCAAAGCCCUGCUCCAGCAGCUGCAGCAGAGGAUCAUGGGACACUCCUGAAGACAGUCACACCGGAACACGUGGAGAACCAUCACCAGAGGCUGUCAUAGACUCGUGUAGCAGAAGAACAACACAAGGCCAUCCCUGAACAGCAGAUCUGCAUUAACUCGUCGCUCUCGCCGCCGUUCUGCUCCUCAGUUUGACAAUCUCCCGAUCGCAAGCAUAACAUUUAAAGAACUGAAAUCUGUUUUCCAAACCUUUGAUUGACACAUCUACUGUAUAAUCCCCUCGACUCACCAACUGAUCCAGUCCAGACGUUCUGAUGCAGACCACAAGCCGAAAUGUUGUUCAUCUGUUUGUUGUUUUUGAUUUUUCCGAUGUGUAAAAUAAAUGAAGCGAUGUUCACAUUUA